UAAUAAAUCCAAUUUCCCUUUGGUGUUCAUUCUCUGAUUUGAGCAGCCAGAUAACGCGAGUGCGAAAGACAGAGACAGGAGAGAUAAUGGCGGGGAGCAUGAGUUUACAGUCACGGCUAGUCUCCUCCUUCGUCGGCGGCGACCGUUUAAUUAACCCUUAUCAACGCCCUAUUCACCACCUCUUCCGCUGUUGCCCAGGAAGAAAACAUGUCUCUAUGCAGUUGCCAAAAACUCUCUCGGGCUUGACCAAUCUAAUAUUCAAAAGAAAUCUUGAUCAAGUAUCAAAAAGCGGACGUAAACCUCUGAGGCCUGGUAAGGUGUCACCUCCUCGACCUGUUCCAUCUCACAUACAGAGACCACCGUAUGUAAAAUCUCAGCAUCCUCCGGGAAUAGCAAGUGGACCUGAGGUGCAUGAUGAGAGGGGAAUAGAAUGUAUGAGGGCUUCUGGUAGAUUGGCAGCCCGAGUACUUGAAUAUGCAGGCACUUUGGUCAAGCCAGGUGUGAAAACUGAUGAAAUUGAUGAAGCAGUUCACCAAAUGAUUAUAGACAAUGGAGGUUAUCCUUCACCUCUUGGCUAUGGAGGAUUUCCUAAAAGUGUGUGCACAUCAGUAAAUGAAUGCAUUUGCCAUGGGAUACCAGAUUCAAGGCCACUCGAGGAUGGUGAUAUAAUUAACAUUGAUGUCACGUCGUACCUGAAUGGUUAUCAUGGUGAUACAUCUGCAACCUUCUUCUGUGGGGAGGUCGAUGAUGAAGCAAAAAAGUUGGUUCAGGUAACCAAAGAAUGCCUGGACAAGGCAAUUUCAAUUUGCGGACCAGGAGUGGAGUACAAGAAGAUUGGCAGAACAAUACAUGACUAUGCAGAUAAAUACGGAUAUGGUGUUGUACGUCAGUUUGUUGGCCAUGGCGUUGGUCGUGUUUUUCAUGCCGAUCCCGUUAUUAUGCACUGCAGAAACACUGAUGGAGGGCGUAUGAUACUAAAUCAAACUUUCACAAUUGAACCCAUGAUUACAAUGGGUAGUUAUAAUCCGAUUAUGUGGGACGAUGACUGGACAGUGGUUACUGAAGAUGGAAGCCUCUCAGCUCAGUUUGAACACACAAUUCUGAUCACAAAAGAUGGAGCCGAGAUUUUAACCCAGUGUUGACAUCAGUGAUAAUGAAGCUGAACAUCUCCCUCUUCGCUACGCGGCUUUGAUCCUGCGGCAAAGCGAGAAAUUAGAGCAGAGGGAUAAGAAAGGAUUUUUUUUAUUUCAUUCCUCAACAGGAAAAGAAAAAGAGGACAAAUCAUAUUGAUUUUCUCCUCUUUUUAUUGCAUCUUACUUCUCAUUAGCCUUAUUUAUCUUUGUUAUACUGCUUCUGUAUAAAAGAUAUUUAAGUUGAUAAAUCAAGGAGUUUAUAUUUUUUGACAGGAUA